GUAUUUUAGUAGUACCCAGCAUCGGUACGAGACAAUAUGGCGACCAGGCAAGACGAGGGAGAAUUUUAUUUACGUUAUUAUACUGGACAUAAGGGUAAAUUUGGUCAUGAGUUUCUGGAAUUUGAAUUUAGACCAGAUGUAGUAACGAUAACCGGCUUUACAGGCAAGCUUCGAUACGCGAAUAAUUCCAACUAUAAGAAUGAUACAAUGAUCAGAAAGGAGGCUUACGUUGGAAAAGCCGUUAUGAAUGAGUUGCGUAGGAUAGUUGAAGAUUCUGACAUCAUGCAAGAUGAUGACAAUCUGUGGCCUACCCCCGAUCGAGUUGGUCGACAGGAAUUAGAAAUAGUUAAUGGAAAUGAUCAUAUAUCCUUCACAACCUCAAAGAUUGGAUCCCUCUUGGAUGUUACACAAAGUAAAGAUGCUGAAGGUCUUCGUUUACAUUUUAAGAUUAAGCCUAUUUAA